AUGGGGAAGCUCGAGGACAACGAGAGGGUGAUCCUCAACGUGGGGGGCACGCGGCACGAGACCUACCGCAGCACCCUGAAGACCCUGCCGGGGACCCGCCUGGCUCUGCUCGCCUGCGAGUCCCAGAGCGAGUCCCCGGGCGGCGAGGAGCCGCCGCCACCCCCCAACCCGCCGCCGCCUCCGGCGGGCGGCUGCCCCGAGCCCGGCAGCGGCUGCAGCCCCCGGGGCAGCGGCGGCGCCAGCGAGUUUUUCUUCGACCGGCACCCGGGGGUCUUCGCCUAUGUGCUCAACUACUACCGCACCGGCAAGCUGCACUGCCCCGCCGACGUCUGCGGGCCGCUCUUCGAGGAGGAGCUGGCCUUUUGGGGCAUCGACGAGACCGACGUGGAGCCCUGCUGCUGGAUGACCUACCGCCAGCACCGCGACGCCGAGGAGGCCCUCGACAUCUUCGAGGCACCCGACCUGCUGACGGGCGAGCCGCCCCCCGACGGCGACGACGACGACUUGGCCGCCAAGAGGCUGGGCAUCGAGGACGUGGGGGCGGCCGCCGAGGGCAAGGGCGGGCGCUGGCGGCGGCUGCAGCCCCGCGUCUGGGCGCUCUUCGAGGACCCUUACUCCUCCCGUGCCGCCAGGUUCAUCGCUUUUGCCUCUUUAUUCUUCAUCUUAGUUUCAAUCACAACCUUCUGCCUGGAAACACACGAGGCUUUCAAUACUAUUAUAAACAAAACUGAGCAGGUCCUCAACGGGACAGAAGCUGUGUUACAGUAUGAGAUCGAGACAGAUCCUGCACUGACGUACGUGGAAGGUGUCUGCGUGGUAUGGUUUACAUUUGAAUUUUUAGUACGAGUUAUUUUUUCUCCCAACAAACUUGAAUUCAUCAAAAACCUCUUGAAUAUCAUUGACUUUGUGGCCAUCCUGCCCUUUUACCUAGAAGUGGGCCUGAGUGGGCUCUCCUCCAAAGCUGCUAAGGACGUGCUUGGUUUCCUCAGGGUGGUAAGGUUCGUCAGGAUCCUCCGGAUUUUCAAGCUUACCCGGCACUUCGUGGGCCUCAGGGUGCUGGGCCACACUCUGCGAGCCAGCACCAAUGAAUUUCUGCUGCUGAUAAUAUUCCUGGCACUCGGUGUUUUGAUAUUUGCCACUAUGAUCUACUACGCAGAGCGAGUGGGAGCCCAGCCCAAUGACCCGUCAGCGAGUGAACACACACAGUUCAAAAACAUCCCUAUCGGCUUCUGGUGGGCUGUAGUCACCAUGACCACCCUGGGGUAUGGGGAUAUGUAUCCACGGACUUGGUCAGGCAUGCUGGUGGGAGCCCUGUGUGCACUGGCGGGAGUGCUCACCAUCGCCAUGCCCGUGCCUGUGAUAGUUAACAAUUUUGGGAUGUAUUACUCCCUGGCCAUGGCAAAGCAGAAACUGCCAAGGAAGCGAAAGAAGCACAUCCCUCCUGCUCCUCAAGCCAGCUCACCCACCUUCUGCAAGACAGACUUGAACAUGGCCUGCAAUAGCACACAGGGUGACAUCUGCCUGGGCAAGGACAACCAGCUGAUGGAACACAACAGAUCAUCAGUGUUAUCAGGUGAAGACAGUGCAGGAAGUGAGCAGCCACUCUCACCUGGUGAAAGGCUCCCUCCCAUCAGACGUUCUAGUACAAGAGACAAAAACAGAAGAGGGGGAACAUGUUUCCUACUGACAACAGGUGAUUACACGUGUGCUACUGAUGGAGGGAUCAGGAAAGGCUAUGAAAAAUCUCGAAGCUUAAACAACAUAGCUGGCUUGACAGGCAAUGCUCUGCGACUGUCUCCAGUAACAUCACCCUACAGCUCACCUUGUCCUCUAAGGCGCUCUCGGUCUCCCAUCCCUUCCAUCUUGUAAACCAGAUGGCGUCAAUCGGCUACAUAGUAUUAAAUCAAAUACUGUUUGCCACAUAUUGGAAAUAAAUGUAGCAUUAAGCAUAGGCUCCACAAAUAUGGUCUGACUCCUGCAUGAUACAACUGUCAGUAGUAAGAAAAGCCACCUGGGUAGCUGAAGAUUUUUGUCUGGCUUUUAAAGAUUACUUGAGGUAGCAUUUCUCCUUUUGUCUACUAUAUUGUCCUACUUUCCUGUGGCAAUAAAAGGACAGUUAGUGGAUGCUGUUGUCCAGUAUAUUCAAUAAAUAAGCAUAUUUUCAGGGAGAUUUACUUAAAAUAAUGUGCUUCCAAGUAAUUAUCAGUCACUCCAUUGAAUCUCCAUUUCUUGUGACUCUAAUCCAUUCUGAAGAUGUCUGCUCUGAAGGGUCUGCUCAUUUGCAUGGACCAUCCUGUCUCCAUCACCUGACAAGCAGUGUUGCCGAUCGUGGAGACCACAGAGGGCUCCGGAUGUGUGUUCUCACAUUGUUACCAUCCUGCUGAAAUGAAAGCACUGAUAAACUGGUCUGCAUGUGGGAUUGUUUUUCUUUGUUUAACCUUUUCCUUUAUUUUUUUUUAACUAUCUACUUGUUUAUAAACGACUUUAUUUUGUGAUUGACUUAUUUCGGUACUGGAUUGCUGCAUCAGAGUUCUGAAUGUCUUCGGUUGUUUGCACACAGAUAACUGCAAAGAGGUUGUCAUUACUGGUUACACGCAAGCAGAAGCCAGAUCUCUUUCUUAAUGGCUUGGGGAAGGCACAAAACAUGCAAGAAAGGUAAACGCCAUCCAGACUUGCAAUUUUAAGCUAGCAAGUGCUGCUUGGUACUGUAGUAUUUUCUCUACUCCAGGGUUCUUCAACAUUUUCAGAAGCUGAGUACCAAGUAAAAUUGAAACAACUAUUGGGGGCUUUUUUUUACCAUUGUAAGAGGGUAGUAGUUCUCAAGUUGGGUUUUUGACCAGCCUUAUACCUCUGGAUCACGGGCUUCAAAAAUUACUUCAAUGUUUUUUGAGGUGCUUUGUCCUUUAUGUUGUUUGUCUGUCUGUUUUGUAACCUGUCUCCUUGUAUUCUCCAUCUGUCUCCAUAAAGCACAGAGAUACUGUUAAAAUGCCCUCCUCUUUUAAGUUGAACUUUUUCUCCUCUUCUCUUUCUUUUUUUUUUUUUUUUUCUCAUAUGGACUAUACAUCUGUGUAUAGAUAGAAAUUUACAUAUUUUUCAAGUGCAGUUAGUAUCAUCUAGACUAACUCGUGUGCACUCCUAAGAUUUUUCGAGCAGCUUUUCAGCACUGACCGGUUGCCUAUUGCAUCAAUCUUCCUCCUAGCAACCAGCAUUCAUUACAAUUUUGAAACUGUAUCUCCUCUAGUGGCUUUUUCAUUCAACAUUAACCUCUGUUUAUGCAACAGGACAAAUGCAAUGGCAAAUUUGAGGUUCUGGGCUGGUGAGGAAAAAUUACCCUUAAACUGUAGAGCUUUAGAACUACACGGGGAAGACCAUAAUGACUGAAAUCUUAAGUGAUCCUUGAAAUUGUUGAAUAAUACCUGACUGUCAUGUUUUAUUUUUUUGUUAGGAAUAUAAAUUAAAUUUAUUGUUGACCGUGUAACAUGCUCUGUAUAUAGCCAAGCCCAAUAGCAUGACCUGCAUGUCAGAAUUCUUGUACAAUAAUGUAUUUAUCAAAGUAUACAUUUCUGAUAUUUAGAGAUGUACAUUGAUUUACUUUUGGUAAAAUACUGUCAAUAGAGAGAUAAUUGCAAACAGCUUUUAGCAAAUGAAUUAAUAUAAUAUCUGGUGCUGCUGUUAUAUUAACUACAGUGUUGUACAGAAUUUAUCAUGGAUUUUUGACUGCUGAAAAAGGGACAAUGGAAUUUAGCCAUACCAAGGACUGUACUGGAAAGAGACUGCUGCUGCUGAAUGGACCCUGAUAAACGACUCACACCUUGAGGAGGUCACUGAGACUUUGCGUGCGAAGCAGAGCUUGUUAAAGAAGAUGAAAGACCGCUCGUAAUUACUGCUGCCAGAGGAAGGGGUGACUAGUCACUGUUGAUGAGUCAGUGUAAAUAAAACGUGUGUGCAUGGAAUAUCAGUUUUUAUAUAUAUCAAGGAAAGCUGAAUUCAUGUCAUCAUUGCUAAGGCUCCAUGCAAAGACCCACACCCCUGUGUUUAUUAUUCCUGGUUCCUGCAGUAAGCUGUGCUGUGGAUCAUACAAAGACACACGCUUAAUAAUGAUAGUGAUGUAAACUACAUCUGUCUUGACUUCUG